GAAUUCACCCAAAAAAAAUAAAAUAGGAAAGGACCCGCUAGAUUUGGAUCCCUCUGUUUCUGCGUAACAACAACGUAAACAACGUAGGAUCAGUAGUCCACCACACACACACACACACAUGUAAAUGUGAUCCAUACUUCUGCUUCUGCUUCUGGUUUUGCUUCUGCUCUUCUUCGUUCUGACGAACCAAAGAGGCGGCGAACGGGAAUCCACGCGCCACUGCACUCUCCAAACAAUGGUUGAGAGUAAAUAUCAAUGCAGACAAUGGCUCCUCUUGGCGUAUCAGAGUUUGGGUGUAGCAUUUGGUGAUUUGAUGAUUUCACCACUUUAUGUUUAUAAAAGUACCUUUUCCGGGAGAAUGAUUGAUUAUCAAACUGAAGAUGUUAUUUUUGGGGCAUUUUCCUUGGUUUUUUGGACUUUCACAAUUCUUUCCUUGUUCAGGCAUGUUGUAUUCAUGUUAAGUGCAGAUGAUAAUGGCGAAGGAGGAAUUUUUGCUUUAUACGCACUCCUCUGUAGACAUGCGAAAUUUUCUUUGCUCCCUAAUCAUCAAGCAGCUGAUGAGGAGCUUUCUAUGUAUCAUGGCCCGGGCUACUCAAAUAGAAAUCAACACUCAUCUAUGCUGAAAAAGUUUGUUGAGAAACAUAAAAAGUCCAAAACUGCUUUACUUCUACUAGUUUUGUUUGGUACAUGCUUUGCAAUUUGUGUUGGCAUCCUCACACCGGCAAUGUCAGUUCAUUCAUCCAUUGAAGGGUUGAAAAUUCAAUUGAAUGAUACACAUCAUGGUAUGCAGCUUUCUGAGAAUAAAAAGUGUAUUUCUAACUGAAAAUGGAUAUCUUAAUGGGUAUAGUUAACACUUGUGUAAUCCAAGGAAAUGAUAAUCUAGUAAGUAGCAAAUGUAACACUUAUUUCUAUUGCCCAAGGUGGUAAAGAAUGCUAUGACACAGGAAUAGGAACUAAUCCAUAAGUUUUCUUAUUAUCAAUAAUGAAAAUAUUCCUAGAUGAAAAUAGAGGAGAGAAGGUCCUGUGUAAAUGUUAUUGUUCUUCCACAUUAAAAUGUUCUCUCAUUCUAUGUCUACUAAUUUCUGAUUAAGUUACUGACAAUGUCAUCACUACAAACUCACAGGUCUGGUAGUUGUCAUAGCCUGUAUUGUCUUGGUUGGCCUUUUUGUUUUGCAGCACCAUGGCACAUAUAGGGUGGCCUUCAUGUUUUCCCCCAUUGUUAUUUUGUGGUCACUGUCCAUUGCUGUUAUUGGUGUCUACAACAUCAUUGAAUGGAAUCCCAGUGUUUACCGUGCCCUUUCUCCAUAUUAUAUUUACAAGUUCUUCAGAGACACUGGAAGAGAUGGUUGGAUAUCUCUAGGGGGGGUGCUUUUAUGCAUCACUGGGACCGAAGCUAUGUUUGCAAACCUUGGCCGAUUCAAAGCUACAUCAAUAAGGUUGGCAUUUUGUUGUGUCAUGUACCCAUGUCUUGUGCUUCAAUAUAUGGGACAGACUGCCUUUCUUUCAAAAAAUUUUUCAGAAGCAUCUAGAAGCUUUUAUGCUUCCAUUCCAGGUAAAUCUUUGGAAACUAUGCAAUGAAAAUUUCCCUUUGUUUCUCUAGUUUACAGUUUUUCCCUUUUAAAAUAAGGUGUCCUGGCCUUCAAAUUGUGUAUGUCUAAAAGAUCUGUGGUUGGAUAUGAUGUAGGAACUUCUUAUAACAUUGAAAACACCCUAAAUAUCACCUUUACAGGGUUUAAGUUGAUUAUUUGUGACUUUAUUUUGAUAGCAAUACUAUCUGCUUGUUUAUUGGUUGUAGGGGCAUGAACUCUAUCAU